AUGUCCAACGUCUCCGCUGACCUUAUCUGGGAGGUUUCCCGCACCUACAACAGCUUCCUCGUCAAGAGGAAGUCUGGCGGUGCUCCCCAGUUUUCCCGCGACCCCCUGAACCUGAAGAACCUGCACUCUCGCAAGUUCGCCGGCUUCGCCAAUGACAAGGCUCUCGGCGUCAUUCCCAACGAGAAGGGUGGCGUCCAGGUGAUCAGCAAGAAGCCCGCGUCGGCCAACAAGCCCGCCUCGGGCCUGUACACGGUUACCUACGGCGGCAACAAGACCUCGCGCAAGACCUACAAGGCCGUUGCCAACCAGGUCGCCAAGAACGGCUACCGCCCCGACCUCCGGCAAGCCGCCAUCGCCCGCGCCAGCGCCAUUCGGCGGUCGCAGCGAACUCCCAAGCCCGACCCCGUGAAGAAGCCCCGCGGUGCGGCCGCCAAGCGCGCCGCUGCUGCCAAGGAGUAA